AUGUCCAACAUGCUGAAAAUAUUCAACCGUCAGCCUAAACAUGACUGCCUGCAUCGGCGGGACUCCGAGAGCCAAGACAGCGACAGCUUGCUGCCAAUCCCUUCAUCGGGCUCGCCACCCCUCAAACCCUCUCCUUUGUACCGUCCAAGCCGCGAUACUUGGGUCGCUGUAAGGGUGCAUGUGCUGUGCACCAUCGUAUACGCGGGCGCGACGUUAUGGAUAGCUUUCCAUGUGAACAGAACGACCUCGAUCGUCAAUGCUGACGAGUUUUGUAUUCACCACAUCUCACAAUACUCACCCGUCGUCAGAGAUGUGAAGCCGAAUUGGCAUGUGCAGUUGUUCAACGGAAGCUUCUUGCACCAGAAUGCUUAUCGGCAGGCGGCAGGGCCAGAGGUCGACGCGGCGUGGGAUGCACUUGGUAUCAACUACCGAAGUGUAGUGAUUCCCGAGGCGGAGGCGGAGCAAACUGGACUGCGUCAUGACCAAGUGAAGAUUAGUCAGGAGUACGGUGGUGGCUUCCCAGCCAACGUCGAGGGCCUGCAUCACCUGCACUGUCUUGAUCUCCUUCGCAGGACGUUGCAUUGGAACUACGACUACUAUCUGGCACAAAAGCAGGGGGCAUUUGCGAAUAGCGAGUACAUUGUGCGGGUGCAUGCUACUCACUGCCUGGACACUAUCAGACAGGUUCUCAUGUGCAACCCGGACGUGGGCGUGUUGGGACAGGUAUGGUGGCAGCCCGACAGCGAGCCAGAGCCAGAGCCAAUGCCAUUUGUCGACUUCAACACGAAGCACCGAUGUCGCGACUAUGAGGCUAUACGGAAAUGGGCAGAGGCGCACCAACUGCCGCCCGAAACAGAGGUGGACAUGGAGAGGUUCUAUCAGAGGCCGAAGGCAGGGGACACGGUCUUGGGCGAGAUUCCAUGA